UGGCUACCUUCAAAAUGAUUUAUCCGUUUAUACAUUGCCGACAAUAUUAACCUAGAAAUGAGCAAUCAAAGGAAGAAUGGAAUAUUAAAUACGUCAAACAAUACUGAGCGACCAUCCAGAUGCAGACCGACGUGACCAUUACUUCCAUUGUUGUGGGAAUGUUUACAUUUUGGACCUGAAAGUGUUAACUCUGGUUAGCCCCUUGUUGUGACAACGUGGGGCGGACUGUGGAAGUACGGAAGGCAGUACGAAGAUUGAAUGCAGCAUGAAUUUAUUGGGAACCGCAGCAGCCAUUUUCCUGAUCAUUCUAAACAUUGUGGUCAUUCUUUUAGGCCUUGGACUACUAAUCAUAGGAGCCCUUAUAUACCAGAAAUCUGGGCUGGUUAAUGAUGAUAUUUCGCCCGUCUUGAAUGCCAUAACUGGUGGAGAUUUUACUUUAUCAGACCUCAUCAAAAUCAUCGCUGUCGUCAUCAUAGUGAUUGGGGUCUUCACCUUUCUGGUCUCUGGGUCGGGCAUCGUCGGAGCAUGUGGAAAAAACCGACCCGUUCUUGUUGUUUAUGCAGUGACAGUGUUUUUGUGUGAUGCCGUCGAAAUUUUCGUUCUCGUUGAAGUGGCAAAGUUAAAAAACAAACUUAACGAUACCAUCAAAAGCGCUCUGCUGACAUUGUUGUCUAAUUACAAAGGUUAUGAAGUGGACGUCUAUUCGAUUGCUUGGAACCUUAUAUUUUACCUGUUUGAGUGUUGUGGAGUGAAUAAACAAUCCGUCGUGGAUGACUUCCAGUCAACGGCAUGGUCUAGAGGAAGUGACGUCAUACCUGGGUAUUGCUGUAAGGAAGCAACUCUUACCACAGCAUCUAAAUUAAAUGGAACAACUUGUACAACAAACCCCACGCCCCAAAAUGCUUAUAUCAAUUCUGGUUGUUACGACUUUCUGAAUGAUAUUCUCUCUGGAUACAGUGAUGCCGUGAUAUCUGUAUCCACAUUCAUCUUGUUUACAGAGGCGAUGGCAAUCAUAGCUUCGCUUAUUCUAUUUUGGCAAAUAACUGUGGAUGUAGACCGAAGGCGAGGCGCGGAGAGGUCAGGGCGGGUCAUGGAUAUUGAACUCGCACAGAAACAACAAGCGACGUUAACCAGGCAGUCAGAGCAGACAACACAAGCAACAAUUGCUUGACGAGAUAGUUUAACAAAAGACAUGAGGAAUUCAGUCUUCCCUUUGGUGAUUACUUCCGAAUCGGAGAAGUGAAGAGGAUCUUUUUUAUAUCAUUAUCAUUAUCAUCAUCGUCAUCAUCAUCAUACACUUGAUGUGCAAUGUAUUUACUACUUGCAGACUGAAUGUGCCGCUUAUUCCGUCAUUUACUCACCUUUUACAAAUAUGUACAACAUGCAUGUAGUAGCUAUUCAUUGAUACACUUAGUCUACGGGUUUUGUUAUAAGAAUUUAAGCGCUAGAUCAUAAGGUAUUUUAACGAAUCUCGGUGCUAGAUCCAAGGAUUGAAAAAUUUUCAAGUGUUCUCUUUACAAAUAUUUUUAUGUCUCUCAGCUGAUUCGACAUGCUACAUAUGAUCAAGUUUUAAAUCGAGGCAGGCAACUGACAAAUAUGGCGAUGUUUACGGGGUUUCAACAUUCUUCUUUAAAGUCAGCAAUGCGCAAAUUCUAUGGUCGAUAUAAUUAUCUAAUUUGCAAUUACAAGCUAUCACUGGGUCGAAUGUUGUGUUACAUGUUUCAUACAAUGAAAAGUGAAGAUAACGAACAGUGAUCAAUCUCAUAAAGGAGCACAAUUCGUGCCCAUGGGAAUUCCAACUGUUGAUUGUCGUUCUUUACAUACUGACUUUCAUUGAUUACUAUGUUUACCUGAUUGAUAUAUAGGACUCACGGUAGGUGUGAUUGGUCAACAGGGGGUGCUUACUCCUCUCAGGUAGCUGAUCUCUCUUCUGGUAUUUGCAGAGGUCCGUGCUUGCCUUUCUCUUGAUUUUGUAGAAAAGAAGUAUGGCGCACUUGGUAUACAAUUUCGCCCACAUAAAUGCUUUUUUUAAAAUAUCAUUUUUUACAAAUAUUCUGCUAUACAAUGUCAGCUUAUAUUUGUGUUUACCCAAAUUACUUAAUAAAGAUAUCUAUAUGUUGAUAGUAUCUUUAUUUGAUAAGCAUAAACAUCAUCGUGAUUAUAUAGAGUAUAUACAUGUAGUAGAUGUAACGUAAUGGGCCUAAAAAUGGCAAACUGUUGCAAAAGGCCACCCUAAACGAGAAAUAAAACACUGAAAUUGU